AUCCAUUAGAUGUGAUGCUAUAAAACACUAAGAUUUAUAAUGUAUUUGAUCAUAAAAAUAAGUUAUUAGUAGACCUCCCCCAUCAACAUAGACAUGCAAACACAACCAAAUAAAUCUUGUGUUUUGUAAUUGCUGGUUUUAUACCGGUUGAAGUUGAAGAUACUACAGGGGGUACCGGGCCGGCCGAGGGCUGAUCAGGUCGCCGUUUCGUGGAUCCCGGAGGAGAUCGAGUGCAGCCCAGAGGCUUAUUGGGCCCAACUUAUUACCAUUCACCGUCUUGUUUUCUCAACUAACAUUGCUGUCGCCGAGCCCGUUAGAAUAGCUUGCUCAGCCGGCGACUUUUUUAGUGGCGGAGCUGAAGAGUGAAUACAACGAGCGGCGCGGAAGAGCUGUAAGACCACCGAACGACGAGAAACGAAUUAACUGAAUACAGGUAAAUCCGUGAGCAGAAACAAGUUCCUCUUCUCCGAUGUCAGCCGCCGCCGCCAUCUUCUCCUAAUUGUAGCCGCCAAAGAAUCAAAAGUAGCUUGCUUCAGUUUCGCCCGGCGUCCGGCGAAACAAACAGAGGCGCGUGCUCUCGUGGCCGAAGAUGCCUAAGAGAUGUGGAGAGAAAUUGCAAACAGAGAAGCGGGAAAAACCCGACCAAAUUCCUUCAAAAGCCGCGUCACAUCCGGCUUGAGUUCCGAUCUACAGCUCUCCAAUCACAAAGAUAUCGUUUCCCCUCACAGAGGUUCCGUCAAUUCUCUCCAGGUUGAUUUGACAGAGGGGAGAUACUUGUUGUCCGGUGCGGCGGAUGCGUCCACCGCCGUUUUCGAUGUCCAACGGGCGACAGAAUAUGAAGGCGGCGGAGCCAUCGCUAAGCACCGGCAUGUAUUCGCUAUCGACAAGCAGCACAGGGCUGCGCAUAAAUUCGCCGUAUCAACGGCGAUAUGGUAUCCGAUCGAUACUGGGCUGUUCAUCACUGGUUCUUAUGAUCAUUAUAUCAAAGUCUGGGAUACCAACAGCACCCAGGUUGUGAUGAAUUUCAAAAUGCCUGGGAAGGUUUAUCGAGCUGCUAUGUCUCCCUUGGCCACCUCUCACAUGCUGAUAGCAGCUGGGACUGAAGAUGUUCAAGUUCGACUAUGCGAUAUUGCCUCAGGGGCAUUUUCACAUACACUUUCUGGUCAUCGCGAUGGUGUUAUGACAGUAGAAUGGUCUACUUCAAGUGAAUGGGUGCUGGUUACAGGGGGUUGUGAUGGUGCUAUUCGGUUUUGGGACAUUAGAAGAGCUGGAUGUUUCCGUGUUUUAGAUCAAUCUCGAACUCAGUUAGGCAGACGCCUACCUGUCCUUCGCCGCUCCAUGACCAAUAAGAAAAAAACUGUGACUGGGAAUGGAGCAAAACAGCAGUUAGCUCUUGGUCGAACACCAGGAAAGGGAUCUGUUAAACUCAGAAUGCAUCCAGGGUUGUUGUCCACACAAGACCGUGCUACUGCUCACUAUGGUGCUGUCACAGGUUCCAGAGUAACUGAAGAUGGCAUGUAUCUUCUAAGUGCAGGAUCUGAUUCAAGGUUAAGGUUAUGGGACAUUGAGUCCGGAUGUAACACUCUCGUGAACUUUGAAACUGCACGAUUACAGACCAGCAAGCCCAUCCAGAUGGCGACUUCUGGAGAUUCAAGACUGGCCUUUGUACCCUGCAUGACAGCUGUGAAGGCGUUUGAUCUUUGGUCCGGCGAGACAUCUAUGGUUCUUCGUGGCCAUUAUGAGAAUGUUAACUGCUGUUGGUUUAGUUCCCAGGAUCAGGAGCUGUACACAGGUGGCAAUGAUAGACAAAUUCUGGUCUGGUCUUCUUCCAAACCUCAUGAGGAUGUUUCGGUGGCUGAAGAUGGAGAUAACUGGAGUGACUGACUGAAACUUGCUCCAUCAGUCUCAGUUGUGUUGUAAAAUAGGGAUGCAAAUUUCCCCGCUGUGUUUGCCUUGUGAGUUAUAAAUAGGUGGAAGAACAAAUGCAAUCUCGUUUUUAUUCGGAAUAAAAAACUAGUUGUCUA